GAUCCAGGUUGUCUGAAUGAAUGGAGAGCCGAUGGUUGAUCAGAGAGGUCGGCGAGACGAAAACAGUGGACAAAAUGUGUCUAACUUUAGCAACACGCCGCGUGAAGUUGAUAGAAGGAAGCCCAUUCACGGAUUUGCUUCUUUAAAUGCCCCGAAGAAGGUUUUUUUCUUCUCGUAAUCUCAUUCCUGCGCCGACCGAGCUUCACCAACAGACGGCCAACCGUCGAGGAGAUUUUCGCAUGUAUGCAGCCAGCAACAGGUUAUUUACAUCUUAAGCUUGCAGCUGUACCCCCGUGCUUGUUAGAUUUGUGUUAACUUUUUGCCGCGGAUGCUUUUUUUGCCACUCUUUUCCCUGUGCAUUCACCGCGAUGUGAGUUGGAGCUUUGUGCUCGCCACCGACCACAGAUCUCCACAGUCUGAGGCGUCUUUAGAGGAGCGCGACCGCAGAAAUGGGAAGAAAAUGAGAAUGCAAUAGAGACAACUGCUAAUUAAACAUCGCUGGCUGAUUAGCAUUGAGCCUCACACGGACAGACGGACCUGUGAGGAGCUGGUGUUGGUGGAGGGGGAUUUUUUUCUUCCAAAAAAAGACUGCAUGCAUAGAUGGUGCCAAACAAGUGGACCAUGAAUUCAGUUCUGCACAAAUCGCCACCAAGAAGCUGGCUUGGACUCAGACUUCGACUCAAUGACAAGCCCGUCCAGGAGGAGGACUGGGUGGUGUGCCAGCACCCUGAGUGUCAUGAGCACCGGAGGGCCUCUAAGGUUUGCCACCACCCGGACUGCCAAGACCUGAAUAACAAAAGCCCCCUUCACCUGUGUGAGUCAUGUGACUCACGCAGCCAUUCAGAGAACACAGACAACAUGCACUUUGACCGGCACCCCCGAUUCGACUUACAACCUCAAGCCUCCAUCCUGGCUCGAAACGUGUCCACGCGCUCCUGUCCCCCGCGCACCAGCCCCCCCUCUGACCUGGAGGAAGAGGACGAGGGGAGCAAUGACCGCGGGGAGCGUAAAACAGGGGGGAUGAAGUUGGUGAAGAAGAAGCCACGGAGACGACACACUGAUGACCCCAGUAAGGAGUGCUUCAGCCUUAAGUUUGAUCUCAACGUGGACAUAAACACCGAAAUUGUACCUGCAAUGAAAAAGAAAACCCUGAGAGAGGUUCUAGGUCCAGUUUUUGAGAGGAACGGCAUUGAACUGUCCCGAGUCGACUUGUUCCUGGAUCAGUCCAACACGCCGCUGUCCCUCAACUUCGAGGCCUACCGUUUUGGAGGACACUACCUCAAAGUCAAAGCACGGCUUGGUGAUGAGCUGAAGGUGGAGCAGGGUGUGAAGGACUUGCGGUCGCUCAGUCUGCCCAACAUGAAGCCCUCUGGAAGCCAGAGCCCCUACAUCCUGACCCCGGGCAGCGAGAGGGUCGAGCAUGGAUCUCUGGGACGCAGAGAAAGCGUGGAUCUGUUGGGUCAGGCGCGACGGAGGAAGAACAUGACAGAAUUCCUGGGAGAGACGAAUAUUCCUACCCCGGAUGCUUUGGGACAGAUCGGUGGCUCUCUGCCCGGUGUCGGGGGUGGUCCUGACAGCUGGAAGAACCGCGCCGCCAGCCGAUUCAGUGGCUUCUUCAGCUCUAACGCCGGAGCGGGGCCCUUCGCCAAGGAGGCGGACCGUCUGGAGCAGCUCCAGAGCAAACUCCACUCCUACACGUUGUUCGGGCUGCCCAAGGUGCCGCGGCAGCUCUCCUUCCACCAGGACUCCUGGGAGGAGGAGGAGGAGGAGACCAACCUGACCCUGGAGGACAGUUGGCAGACGCUACUGGACAAUUCAGAGACACUGACAAGGCGACAGUUCCACCAGCAGGAGGCGAUAUGGGAGCUGCUGCAGACAGAGGCAACCUACAUAAAGAAACUCAGAGUCAUCACUGAUCUGUUCCUGUGUGGGCUGCUGAACCUGCAGGAGAGCGGCCUGCUGACGGAGGUGGAGCCCGCCAAGCUGUUCAGUAACAUCCAGGAGAUCGUCCGCCUCCACACGUCCCUGUGGAACCAGGUCAUGGUUCCUGUCCUGGACAAGGCCAGGGAGGCCCGGGCUCUGCUCGACCCCACCCACCUCCACCACGGCUUCAGGACGUUUGGCUCCAGGUUCCAGCCCUACAUCCGUUACUGCAUGGAGGAGGAGGGCUUAAUGGAGAACAUGCGCACACUUCUCAGGGACAACGAGCUCUUCAGGACCUACGUCACGUGGGCAGAGACCCAUAAACAGUGUAACCGUCUGAAGCUGGCAGACAUGUUGGCGAAGCCUCACCAGAGACUGACCAAAUAUCCACUCCUACUAAAGAGCGUUCUCAAGAAGACGGACGAGCCGUCGGCCCGCGACAUCGUCAACAGCAUGGUGGCUGCAGUAGAGGGCUUCAUCAACAGCGUGGAGUCCCAGAUGCGACAGCGUCAGGAACAACAGAAGCUGGCCACCAUCUCUGCCCGUAUCGACUCGUACGAAGCCGUAGAGGGCAGCAGUGAAGAAGUGGAGAAGAUCCUCAAAGAGUACAACUGCUUCGACCUCAUGGCUCCCAUGAGAGGAAUUUCACCGGAGGAGACUCGACAGCUGCAUCUUGAGGGAGCGCUGAGGAUGAAAGAGGGCAAAGACAGUCGGAUGGAUGUCUACUGUGUGUUGUUCACUGACCUGCUGCUAAUUACCAAGCCUGUGAAAAGAGUGGAGAAAGUCAAAAUUAUCCGCCAGCCUCUCCUCAUUCACAAUGUCAUCUGUAAGGAGCUCAAAGAUCCCGGCUCAUUCAUCCUCAUCUACCUCAAUGAGUUUAAGAGUGCAGUGGCAGCCUACACUUUCCAAGCCAACAGCGCCACCCAGGGGCGAAGCUGGAUCGAUGCAAUCUGCAAUGUCCAGAACCAGCUCCAGAGGCUUCGCACUGAGGAGACCCUUCGGCAGAAAAACAGUCUGAAGAGAUGUACGGCGGGCGAGGAAGAAGAGGAGGAGGAAGAUGAGAGCAGCAACUCCACCACCAGCUCCCCAUGCUUAAGGCACAAAGAGCAGCAGAACUCAAGUCACUCAGAUGGUUCCACUGAGACCCUGUCAGUCAUGGACAUUGAUGAACCAGGUGAAUCUCCCGUCUCCAACAUGAACCUCAAGGGAACCAGCAUAAACCUUGAUGUGGCUCCGCUGUCCGAGGUCCAGCAGUCCAGCAGCCCCCACAGAGCUCACUCUGGUGAUUACUCUGAGCACAACCAGGAGACGAGGCCUGAGGGCGAGGAGCUGGACCCCCAGUGUCGCUCUCUCUCCAUGGACAGCGCCUAUGGUACCCUCUCCCCUGAAUCCCUCCUGAGAGAACUUCAGCCGCAGCCUGGCCAAAGUGAAGGAGAGGAGGCUGAGGAAGAGGAAGAGGAGGAGGAGGAGGGGGGAGACAGGGAGGUCGAACAGGAUGAGACGGAAAUAGAGGAGGUAGAAGAAGAGCAGGAGGAGGAAGAGGAGGAGGAUGCUGCCUCACUGGGGUCCCAGCUGUCAGUAGUCCAGUCUUCUAAACCUCGCCGGCGGCCUCAUGUCCAGUCACGACUCCACUGCCUCCAGAGGCUGUCCACUCUGGCCAUAUCCCGCUCUGAGGACAACCUGCUGCAGCGUUUCCACGGAGACAUCCCCGUAUCCCACACACACUCACUCAGCUCCGAGGCGCAGGACCAAUCACAAUGCAGGGACAUGGACACGUCUCCGCUGGCGCACAGUAAAAGCCUGACGGAGCUGGGCCAAAACUGCUUGGAGCUGUUUUCCAGUGACCUCGACCAGUCUGACGACUGCUUGAGCAUUAGCAUGCCCUCCGACAAACUCUGUGCCACCCUGAGGAGGGCGGAGGCCAGGCAGGGCCACACGGCGCCUGCUGGACCACAGGAGGGAAAUGAGUCCCAAAGCAACUGCUCGGACGGGGAAACGGCGCCAUCUGCCUGCUUAGAAAGGAUUAACGAGUCAACAGCCACAAGUGAUUCGGGGGAAAUGUCACCUAAAAAGAGGAAAUCACCGGCACAGCAGCACAAGAAGCUGACUCUGGCUCAGCUGUAUAGGAUACGCACCACUCUUGUCCUCAACUCCACACUCACUGCAUCGGAGGUAUAAUAACCACUCUUCCAAACAACUGACCAGUGGCAUGUGGAAAUAAUGAGGAACAACACUUGUUUUGCUUCGAUGGACUGAAUUUCUUGAGACACAAAUGCACUCUCUCUCUCGCUGCCCUCUCCCUUCUGGUUGCUUUUUGGACACUGAUCGUACCAAUUUUUGCAUUUGAACAGUUUUUUUUUCUUUGCUGUUGCAUUGGUUUCCGAAUUUCUUGAGUGGAAGGGAGAGGCAGAGAGACAUAAACUGCUUGCACUUUGCAACGGAAGUAGCAUUAAAGGGGCUGGGACCUUAAGGUGGACUGGGGGAAGUGUGCACCGGAGUAGAGGUGGAGCUGAAUCUUCUCUGUCUCUGUUACGAGACAAGAAGAGAAGAACUAAGUCUUGAAAAUGCUCUCUACAAAUGAAAAAAAAACAGCACCUAGGACGUCCUCCUAAUAUUUAUACUACUCCUGGUUUGCUUUAACAAAAGAAAAAAAUUGCACAGUUAUCUAUGUUAAGUAGAAGAAUCACUAAGGAGUGAAUUUACCUUUACAGUCACACGAUGAAUUUAUUGUUUGCUGUUUGUGUCUGCUCGUGUACAGAUGUGUGUGAAUGCUUGAAUGAAUGUCUAGUGUUUGAAUGAUAUCAUGGUCCUUGAUUCCUGACUGAACCAAAACUGAUUCCCAUCUCCCAUCUCCUGUGAAUACGCUAACACACCCAAAGAUGGAAGUAAAUGGUAUAUUCCUUACAAAGAAAGUGCACCCUAAAGGUCCAAUACAGCCAAUGGCGUUUCAACAUAGAUAUGGACUUCAUUCUUUCCUUUAAUCUUGGUUGAACUAAUGAAAAAAGACUGAAUGUGGGUGACUAAUGGUGUUUUGAGGAAUUUCCUGCACUAUAUAUAUAUUAUGGCUUGAGUACACAGACACUGUUGAGGCCUAAAUGUAUUAAUACCACACACACAAGUGCACAAGCACGGAGGUGUUCAUAGAAAAGAAAAAAAAGGAGUCUACACUUAAGUAUGUGUAUGUUAUUAGUGUACACUAAGAGAUUGAACAAAAAAGGUUUGGGUUGGAUUAUCUGUGAUGAGUGAAUCUGUUUGAACAGCUUGUUUUCCCCCAGGAGAUUUACUUUACAUUCACACUGAUGUUCAUCUUUUCAGACCAGUAAUAUUAUUCCAAACAUCGCCCAAUUAAAAUAGGUUAACUCUGAUUACUUUGGGAUUUUUUUGUUUAUGUGUAAUAUUUAUUAUGCCUGCUAUGUUUUAUAUAUAAAGAUAUUGUUUAUAAUGUUUGCUUCCAUGAUUUGUACAUUUUUUUGUUGAUGUAGUCUUAAUAUUUUUUUUCUUUGCCAGGCAUGAAUGUGCUAUGAACCAAAAUCAUGUGUUUCCUCUUUCAGGAAUGACGUUAAAGUGUCUUACAAAAUAAAAAUGCUAAAAUACUUUAUCCCUCUUUUAAUGGUUUAAUCCAUUGUAAUGGAGUGAUUUGAGGGGAGAGGCUGAAUCUGAAUGGCAUUAAGAAUUAAAACUACAUGAACUGGU